UGCUUGUUCAGCAGAGCUGUGGGUGAAAGCACUAGGACCCAGUAGGCACUGGGAGGAAAGUCACGUGGGCGGAAGAGAAGCAGUACAGAUCUGUGCAUGGAUGAACGAGAGAGACUGAAGGAGACUUACUCAACGUGGGACACUGAAAGCACCUCAAGUUGUUACAUAUGCAACGCCUCUUUUCAAACCCCAGCCAGAAUGUGGUGGUCACACUGUCCCGCAGAGGAGUUGCUGGCAGUAGGGAAAGAGCCAGACGUGCCGAGCGUCAACAACGAAAGCAGAAUUUAUUGGAUGAGGUUGCUGAACAGGUUUCCCAUGUCAAAGGCCAAAACUGGAAAGAGAAGAUUGUGAUAGAAUAUGAUGCAGUGACGGAGCCAGGAAAAAAGAAAGAUAUCUCCAUUCCUUUACCACAAUCCUACAGUCCUCGCUAUGUUGAAGCUGCUUGGUAUCCGUGGUGGGUAACACAGGGUUUUUUCAAGCCAGAAUACCAGAGUGAGCAGCCUCACAGUGCUUCUGAAACCUUCUCACUCUGCAUACCUCCUCCAAAUGUCACAGGCUCCCUUCACAUUGGACAUGCACUUACAGUGGCCAUUGAGGAUUCACUUGUUCGCUGGAAAAGAAUGCUGGGCCACAAGGUGCUUUGGGUCCCUGGUUCAGAUCAUGCUGGAAUUGCCACCCAGGCUGUGGUGGAAAAAAAUCUGUUGAAGGAAAAGGGUCUUCUACGCCAUGAUUUUAGUCGGGAGGAGUUUUUAAAGGAAAUCUGGAAGUGGAAAGAGGAGAAAGGUAACACAAUAUACCAUCAGCUCAGAUCCCUUGGAGCCUCUCUAGACUGGGAUAGAUGCUGCUUUACAAUGGACAAGAUGUUCUCUCGUGCAGUAUCUGAAGCAUUUGUCCGUCUACAUGAUGACGGUUUAGUGUAUCGGCACCAACGUCUGGUGAAUUGGUCCUGUGCUCUCCGUUCAGCUAUAUCUGACAUAGAGGUAGACAGUCGGCAGUUGACUGGAAAGACGUAUAUUUCUGUCCCAAAUUAUGAAAGGAAAAUCCCCUUUGGGCUUUUAUUUAGCUUUGCCUAUCUCACUGAAGGAGGAGAUGAUGAGAUCAUUGUAUCCACAACACGGCCAGAGACAAUGUUGGGGGAUACUGCAGUGGCUGUCCAUCCAAGUGACCCCAGAUACUUGAGAUUCCAUGGAACAAAGCUUCAACAUCCUUUCACUGGGCAGUUGAUCCCUGUUGUUACUCAUAAUCUCGUGAACCCAGACUUCGGAACAGGAGCAGUAAAGGUUACUCCUGCCCACAGCUUGGCAGAUUUUGAGAUGGCACAAAGCCUGGAUUUGCCAAUGGUAUCAGUGAUUGGAGAGGAUGGCUUAAUGACAGAGAACAGUGGAGAAUGGAUUCAGGGUGUAAAAAGAUUUGAUGCCAGGGAGCAGAUACUGAGUGCUCUAAAAGAUAAGGCUCUUUACAGAGGUGACUGUGAGCAUACCAUGGUGCUUCCAGUAUGCAGCCGCUCUGGUGAUGUAAUUGAGCAGCUGCUAAAGAGGCAGUGGUUUUUGAAUUGUGAGAAGAUGGCACAAAAGGCUCUAGAGGCUGCAGACUUAGGACGGCUAAAUAUUACCCCUUCUUUUCACCAAAAGAAUUGGAAGCAUUGGCUUACAAACAUCAGUGAUUGGUGUGUAUCGCGACAGCUGUGGUGGGGACAUCAGAUUCCAGCUUACCACGUGACAUUGUCAGAGGCACAGUCAGACCAGGAUAUUCUAGAUGAGCAUGAAGAAAUUUGGGUAGUGGCUCAUAAUGAAGCUGAAGCCAAAAAGAAAGCUUCCAGAAGACUGGGAAGGCCAGAGGAGCAUCUUAUCCUGAAGAGGGAUGAUGAUGUUCUGGAUACGUGGUUUUCAUCUGCCCUUUUCCCAUUUGCUAUGUUGGGCUGGCCAGAAAAUACAAGUGACUUGAAGGAUUUUUACCCAAACUCCCUCUUGGAGACUGGUAGUGAUUUACUUUUCUUCUGGGUUGCUCGAAUGGUGAUGUUGGGAGAGCAUCUGACUGGGCAGCUACCAUUCAAAGAGGUAUUUCUGCAUUCCAUGGUUCGAGAUGUGCAUGGAAGGAAAAUGAGCAAGUCUUUAGGAAAUGUGAUCGAUCCAUUAGAUGUGAUAGCAGGAAUAUCACUAGAGGAGUUGCAGAAGAGGUUGCAAGAUGGCAAUUUAGACCCUCGAGAGCUUAAAGUUGCAGAGGCUGGGUUGUUCAAGUCCUUUCCUCAUGGAAUUCCUGAGUGUGGCACAGAUGCUUUGCGAUUUGCUCUCUGUUCCUACAAGAUACAAGGGGAUGAUAUAAAUCUAGAUGUGCCAUCUGUUCUUGCGGUUCGCCAUUUUUGUAAUAAAAUCUGGAAUGGGAUUAAAUUCACCAUCUCUGCCCUUGGGGAAAGCUUCUCACCUAUUGCUGUGGAAGAGUUGAAACCUCAGGGCCCCAUGGAUCGCUGGCUACUAGAUCGCUUGCGUCUUUUGACAGAAGAAUGUGAAAAUAGGUUUCAGGCCUAUGAAAUCCAUGGCGCAACAGGAGCAAUACAGACAUUUUGGGUGCAGACCUACUGUGAUUUCUAUGUGGAAGCAGUAAAGCCUGUUUUAAAAGGACCACAUGCCCAUGAUGCACAGCAGGCUCUAUACUGGGGUGCAGAGAUUGUCCUUCGUCUUCUUGCCCCCUUUACUCCUUUUUUAUGUGAAGAGCUGUGGCAGCGACUUCCUUCAGCUUCUGUGAAUCGUGCACCAAGCAUCUGUGUUGCCCAGUAUCCCACGCCCAACCAGAUGGCACAUUGGAGGUACCCGGAAGAAGUGCAACAGUUUGAUUUUGUUCAGUCAGUGAUUAGAACUGUGCGCAGUCUGCGAAGCGACUAUCACAUGACUAAGGCACGACCAGAGGCCCAUAUUUUCUGCUCCACGGAAGCCGAUCUGAAUGCUCUGCAGUCUUUUCACUCACCUUUGCAGACUCUGUCUCACUCUGGACCCAUCCAAGUCCAUCUGCUGCAAGAUGCUUCUCAGCUCAGGGAGGACCCUGUUGGCUGGGCUACUGAAAAAGUGUCUGAGGGCUGUUUUCUAUGUGUUAAACUCCAGGGUUCGGUGGACCCCCACCCAGAGCUUGCAAAAUUGCAGAAAAAGUAUCAGAAACUUGAGCAUCAGAUUAUGAGCAUGUCCAAAUGUGAUGAUGGAGAUACACAGGAUAAAUCGCUUCACCAGAAGAUCGCCAAAGUUCGGUAUACAAUGGAAACAUUACAGAGAAUGCUUUAACAAAAGGAACUCUGAAUAACUGCUAUAAAAAUUCUGCUGUGGUUUUCCUUUUAAAGGAGAAUUCAACACUUUCGGCGAUAAAAUCCCUCCCCCUUCCCCUGUGUUGCUCCCUCCUCCCCCCCUGAAGUUUCCAAAAAAUAAAUUGUUAACUUUGUGACUUUUGGGCGUAUGCGCAGUAGAUCCUUACUGGUAAAUCCCUCUACUUCGCAUGCGCCAGCAAAUGCCUGCGAAUACAGGAUGAAGAGCGCACAGGCAAACAUGGCUGCCGUGAACUCAGCAGGAGAGGAGGGGUCAGUAACAAGUUAGGGGCAUUUGCCGGGGGCUGGUAGGUCGGGGGUAGGAAUUUUAGCGAUGAAGGGGUUGAAUUCUCCUUUAAGUGUCAUUACUGAUAGUGUUACUGUCAACUUUUACUACUUUAAGAGAAUAAUAUUUCUACUUGUAUAGUAUACCUGGAUAUAAGCCAGUAUUUGAGUGAAAUAACUGUUGCAAUGCCACCGGGUCAUGCCAGUUAUUUGCACGGUUACCUAUUUUCAGAGGCGUAUCUACAGAGGAGGCAGACCCUGUGGUUGCAGGGGGGCCCAGGAAUGUAUGGGGCCCAGUAGAGCCAUAAUUAAUGAGCAAUUUCAAAAUAUCUUGGUAUAAUAGGUCAAUUUACCAAUGCUUUGGGGCGCUAAAUUGAAUUGGCUGUGGGGCCUGGUAUCAUCUAGUUAUACCACUGCCUAUUUUGUAUUUCAAACAAAUACCACACCAUGGAAUUAUUGUUCUGCAUAACUAUUUUUUCUAUGAAAAAAAACCUUAAUAAAGAAUUAAAAAGGGAUCAAUACAUGACUCCAUUACUCCUUAUAGAGAAUCGUAUUCACUAUUGCUCCAAAAUCAGACGGCACUUUCAAAUUUCAUCAGUCCUUCAACAACAGAAGUGUUAUACUAUUUUGACCCAAAUAUAAAAUUACCCUAAUCUCUAAAUGGAAUACAGAGCAAGGGUUAACCUCCUCACAUUUAGGUAGAGCCUAGCUUUGUAAUAAUGGAGGACUGGAGCAGGGACUGGUGUGAAUGAUGAUCUUUGUAACAAGUCGGUGCUAUAUAAAUAAAAGUUAAUACAAGGGCCCCAGGUAGGGAAAAGCAGCAUUCUUUAUCUGAACAUUUUGUUCACAGAUAUAUACAGUACAUUUUUAAGAUUACAUAUAAAACCAAAAAAUAAAAGUCCUUUAUGUAAAUGUUUAUUAAAUGGUGACCACAUGUGUUUCCAAAUAAUAUAGUAGCUAAGAUGUUAAAAUCAGCAGCAUCGGAAAUACAGAUGCUCAUUCAAGUGCUCAUGUUGAUUUAAAUUGGGCUAAGCUAAGACAAAUAAAAAUACCUUUUUGUA